CCCCCACUUUUGGCUUCUAGCUUCUUCUUAUCGCUAUCCUCGUCGCCCAUUCGUCGCCGCCUCCUCCCAGCUUGCCGCCGCCACCUCCCUCCUCUCUUCCCCUGCCGCUCGCCGCCGCCGCUUUCCUCCUCGCCCUCCCCAGCCACCGCCGCCGCCUCCCUCCUCGCCAUCCCCAGCCCUGCAUCCAUCUCCCUCUCUCCCCAGCCACCGCUGUCGCCCGCCUCUCUGUCUCCCUCUCGCUGCUCGCCUCUCUCUCGUCGCCGGCGGCCGCGAGGCGAUAAGGAGGGCUGCCUCCCUCCCUCUCUCUCGUCGCUGCUCCCUCCGCGCCCUUCGGCUGCCGCCGGCCGCCGCCCGUCUCCGCGCACGCCGGAGAGCUGGUCGACGGGCGAGCGGCGCGAGGGGCGAUCUGGCCGACGGCGAGCGGUGGGAGGCUGGACGGCGCGCGAGCGCGGGAGCGGGAGCAGGAGCGCGGUGCGGUGGCCGAUGGCGUCCAAGCUGCCGCCUCUCUUUCCAGAUCCGGCUGCCGGUGGGCUAGAUCUGGCCGGCGCCGCUUCUCUCUCUCGUCGCCAUCCACCACACCGACGAGGCCGCGCCGGCUCCGUCACCACGCCCAGGUGAGAGAGGGGGGGGCAAGAAGGGAAAAUGCAGGGGAAUGAGGCGGGGAAUGGGGCACCGAGGUCGCCACAACGGGUUCCUUCGAGCCGUGCCUCAGGAAAAGGAGAUUGGAGGAGCCCGAGCCGGCCGUCCCCCUCGUGGGGGUCGCGCCCCCCCUCCAAGGGCACGGUGUGCGGACGGGAGGCGGACGCCGUGAGCAGGGGCACGCUCUGAGGCUACCCAUUGUGGAUGGCCUUACUCCUCGUCUGCAGCCGCCAACACGUACGAUUACACGAGCCAGAGAAAAGGGCAUAGAAAAAGACGAUACAAGGCAGCGCACGCACGAUCCCUUCCCCAUCCGCGCCGCGUGCCGUGUGGCCGCGUGACGGCAACCGCUCCCGCUACCCCACCACACGCGUCAUGAGGCAUCCAGAAAACCCUCGCUCUACACGCGCGCCAGUAGCCACGGUGGCAUCCAGAAGUCCACAGCGAGCGAGCGAGCCAGUAGGCCACAGCAGCAGCAGGCAGCGGCGGGCGGGCGCUGGAUAUGACGACGCGGUGGCACUCGCGACUGGCGUCGGCGACACGGUCGCACCAAACGACCUGGCCCUCCCUGCCCUCCUCUUCUUCUCCAAGAGGAGGAGGAGUCCAAAGCCAGCCACUCGCUAUCGCGGAAGCGGUCAGACUUCUUCUCCACCCCAUCGCAUAUAAAUAUUUCUCCACCACGCCGCUUCAUUUUUACAUCACCCCAAACCCCAUCAUUUCUUGCUUCCUCAGCUGCUUCUUCCUCCUUCCUCUUCACACGACGCUCCCAUUUUUAUUUAUAUAUAUCAGCAUCGUUUCUCCUGGCGUCACUGCACCCAUAACUGCCAAGAAUUGGAGCUGUCUCUUCUCCCUCUCUCUCUCUCUCUCUCUCUCUCUCUCUCUCUCUCUCUCUCUCUCUUUCUCUCUGCAUCUGAGAGAGAGCCGGAAGAAUUGGAGUUGGAGCAGGAGAAGCGUGGAGCUUCUGAGGAUUGAUUUUGGAAAUUUGGAGCUUGAGGAUCGGAUUGAGUAGUUUCUGAGGAUUGGGAACAGGAGAGAUCGAAGCAGGAGCUAGGAGAAGCGUCUGGAACUGAAGGGGAAAGCGAGAAACCAAAAAAAACAAAAGAUAGACAUCGAGCUUGAUCGGUUAGCACCUGCCGGAUACACCUUUUGCUGCAUGCGAGUGAUGUUCUGUGGCCUUGUCGGCUCAUGGCAAUCUCAGACGCCAGAGUGGUUCGCCAUGUGAGGUGUCCCAAAUGCUUCAGUGUUCUUCAGGAGCCCACCGGCGCGCCGGUGUACCAAUGCGGUGGAUGCGGCACUACCCUCCGAGCGAAAAACCGCACCGGCAACUCACAGGAGGUGAUCAGUGCUCCCUCCUCUUUGGGGAGUGGCCUGCCUCCUCACAGCAAGCACCUGGGCUCCAGUGAUGUUGCAAGCACCAGUGGAUCCACUCCUGAAGCUCAAAUCAGCAGUGGGCAGCAAGGAGCUGACAUGACAAGCCGACGCGAGACUGAUGAUCUCGUGUCGGCGAGGAACAAUGCUCCUGAGCCAGAGCGAGUGGUGCCAGCUGAGAAGGAGGAAGAGCAUGUUCAGAGUACCAGUCAGCAAGCUGUUGGCAAUUCUGAAGAUCUCACAAGAGGAGAUGCAGCUACUGCAGCUGAUGCACAGUGCAGUGACAGAGCAUCUGAAGGCAAGGUGCAAUUUUCAGAGAGUAGAGAAGACAGUAACACCGAACUGCAAGAUGUUCAACGAAGCGACCAGACUGAAUCUGAUGCUGAAGGCAAGAAAAGUUCAGAGGAAACAUCCCAAUCUCCACGCCGCGAUGUCGUCGAGCUUCCACCAAGUUCAGUUCAAACCCCAGACUCACAACCUGCACCGGCUGUGUUGAAACGGGAGGAUGAUCCGGCGACGAGUCCUCCUCAUGGCCAUGCGCGUCGAUCACCAGAAAGCUUGGCGCCGCUUCAGAAGAGGAUCCUGAAGACAGUGGACAACCUGAAAGACGACCUCUCUGAACUUUUCAGUAAAUCUCCUGAACUGAACAAGCCGAGGACGCACGCGCGCCCUCCUCGUCUUCCCAGGCAAGAAGGCUACGCUCCUCGCGACGCGGCCAUGGCGGCGGCGGCGAGCAUCCAAGCCAUCAGAGCGCGUCACGCAGCUGUCCACCGUCCCGGCUACAUAGCUCGUGCAGGCAAGCCUGGUCAGCUCGCUGCUCCACCUCCACCACGUGGCUUGCCGUCGCGGCGCUACCGCCGGUGCAGGGCUGAUCACCCGUGCUGCCACGACGCGCGCCAUGGGCCGUCAUGCCAUCACGGUUGCUGCCCCCCUCACCAUGGCAAGCAAGCGUGCACCAGCUGCCGGGGACAACAUUGCUGCAGGCCAAGAACGCAAGAAUCUCCUGCGCCGCGGCGGCCGGCGGCGGCGGCGGCAAAGGAGGUCGUCAAGCGGCGGGCGCCACCCAGGAACCAUUGCCGGCCGGUGCUCAAGGGCGCGCCGUUCAUCAUCUGCUCCAGCUGCUUCAAGCUGGUCCAGGUGCCCGCCGACUUCGCCGUCUCGACCAAGACGGUGCGCAAGCUGCGUUGCGGCUCGUGCUCCGCCGUCCUCAGCUACUCCUACCGGGACCCCGACAGGAAGAAGCACGGCGAUCAGUACAGCGCCGACGGCUCACCGGCGGCGCCGCGCGGCCACGGGCGGCGAGGCGACAAGUUCGCGUUCCUGGACGACUUCGGCCACGUCGACGUGAGCUACUCCACGGAGGACGAGCAGCCGCUGCACGUGUCGAGGAACUCGUCGUUCAACACCGUCGACGAGAUGGCGGCGGCGGCGACGCAGCAGCAUGGCUCCAGCCUGCACCGGCUGAUGGGGUACGGCUCGGCGAGCGACCUGCUGUUCCGGCAGCACUCGCCUGACCUGUACGAGAGCUUCUCCGAGAGGACGACGCCGGAGGCCGCCGCGCUGUACGACCGGAAAGGGAAAGGCGUCUGCGUCGACCUCGACGACGACGGCGGCGACGAUGACUCAGACGAGGAUUGCAGCGGCGCGCUGAAGAGGUCGAGGCUGAGAGGGUCCGGUUGGCCAUUGCCGGGGAUACUCAACAGCAAGGGGACGACUGGAAUGGGAGCAAUCAGGAUCAAGUCAUAGUAGUGUAGAGAACUAGAGAUAGAUUCAGGUGCUGGAAUUUUGACAGAAUUUUCAGUCGUUGGAAUUCUUAUAGGUAGAGUGAAUUUCAUUCGGAUUCAUUUAGGUAGGUUUCAUAUUGGUGGAUCAACAGGUUGUUUGUUUUGUUCAUUUUCGGGUGUAAUGGUGCUGCAUCUAAAUGUAAAUACAACACUUUACGAUCCCGGUGAAAAGGAACUUUCUUUUGGUAAAACUUUAAGUACACAACA